AUGGUCGCUGCUACUCACGCCGUCGUUCCCGACACGCGCAAUGCCUCCAUACUCAUCGGUAUGCGCGAUGGCAUGUCUGGCGAGUUCCGCCUCGUCCCGCGCGAGCAGGCAACCGUGUCCGUCUUUGACAGCGCGUUCAUGCUGGGCGAUGGAAUCUGGGAAGGUAUCCGGUCGAAACAGGGUGUUAUCCAAUUCGCCAAGGAUCACCUGAACCGGUUAUUCGAGAGCGCGAAAGCUAUGUAUAUGGAUCUGGGCUGUACUCGAGCCGAGCUGCUGGAUAUGAUCCACCAGACUACGGAUGCGAACGAUAUGCAGACAUCAGACGACGUUCACAUCCGGCUGAUGGUCUCUAGAGGCUUGAAGAGGACACCCCAUCAGAACCCCGCAUCAACAAUCGGCCUCCCACUCAUCGUAAUCAUCGCCGAGCACAAGCGACCCGACCCAUCUAUCAGCGAGCGCGGACUCAAGCUUAUGACUGUUCAUGUCAGACGAGGAAACCCCGAUGUCAAGGACGAGAUGUGGAACCACAUGUCAAAGGCGACCGAUAUUCAAGCUUGUAUCCAAUCCAACGCUAUGGGAGCGGACGAGGCGCUCAUGCUGGACGAUCGCGGCUAUGUCAAGACCUGUAACUCCACCAACUUCAUGAUCGUCAGGGAGGGCUUGGAUGACGAUGCCGGAAAGCUCGUGAUAUGGUCGCCGACAAAGAACAACCAGAUGCAGGGUAUCACUCGCCGACGAACGAUUGCGGUGUGUCGCGCGGCGGGAAUCAAGGUUAUAGAGCAGGACUUUUCUUUGACCGAGGCAUACGGCGCUAUCGAGGCAUUCUGCUGUGGUACCUUCCCCGCCCAGAUAUCUGUGACCCAUGUUGAUGGCCGACAAAUUGGAGAUGGAGUAUCCCCUGGCCCUAUGGUUUCACACAUCAACAAGCUAUACGCCGAGCACGUCAAGGCCGACAUUCAGCGCGGACGCGAGGCGGUAGUGACGGAAGUCAGGGAGGCUGAUCUGAGCUGGGCCAAGCGGAUAGGAGCGGGCUUCGGCGGGCUCUGGGUGCCUGUAGCUAAUGGCGAGCACUAG